GGGAUUCGAUCUGGUCCUUGAUUCUGAGUGGUGUGUUAUAGUCAAAAGAGUUUCUGGGGCAUCGAGAAAUAAAAGAUGGAAGAUAGCUUUGGAGGCAGUUCCUCGAAGGACAAGUGCAGCAUCAAGGAACAAGACCAGUUGCUGCCAAUAGCCAAUGUUGGUCGGCUCAUGAAGCAGAUUCUGCCGCAGAAUGCAAAGAUCUCGAAGGAAGCAAAAGAGACAAUGCAAGAAUGUGUGUCGGAGUUCAUAAGCUUUGUGACAAGUGAAGCUUCGGAGAAGUGCAGAAAGGAGAGGAGAAAGACAGUGAAUGCUGAUGACAUUUGCUGGGCAUUGGCUACGCUAGGAUUUGAUGACUAUGCUGCACCAAUGAGAAGGUACUUGCACAUAUAUAGAGAGCUUGAGCUAGACCGUAAUAAUAGUAAGCUCAAUCAUCAUGAAAGAUAAGGAUGAACUGUGCAAACUGCGAUAGAGAUUCUCACCAAUUCCUAUGCUUACAGAGUGAACCAGCAACAUAUCUAGACCAGUUUGAGGUUUUCCUCAUAUGAAAUAUGCAAUAACUUUGUUGUCUUCCUAUAACAUAGACCUUUUUUCUUGUCUUUCAUAUAUAUACAUACUUCAGGUCUUUGUGGUUUCUUGCAAGUUGAGAAAUUUCAGUUUAUGAAGUUAAC